UGGCCGCGUUGCUCCCGGCCGGUGGAGGAGGCGGCGGCGGCGGCGGAAGGGGAAGCGCUGGGGCGGCGGGGCCGAGCGGCCAUGGCGGAGCCGGUGCGGGAGGAGCUCUCGGCCCUGGCCGCGAUUUUCUGCGGGCCCCACGAGUGGGAGGUGCUGAGCCGCUCAGAGACAGAUGGAACCGUGUUCAGAAUUCACACAAAAGCUGAAGGACUUUCGGAUGUGGAUAUACCCUUAGAAUUGGUGUUCCAUUUGCCGGCCAAUUACCCUUUGUGUCUUCCUGGCAUCUCCGUUAACUCUGAAGACCUGACCAGGGCCCAGUGUGUGACUGUGAAAGAGAAGUUACUAGAGCAAGCAGAGAACCUUUUGUCAGAGCCUAUGGUUCACGAGCUGGUUCUCUGGAUUCAGCAGAAUCUCAGGUACAUCCUUAACCACCCAGAAACUGGAAGUGGCAGUGAAAAGUGUACUUUUCCAACAAGCACGACUGUGGAUGAUGGAUUGUGGAUAACUCUUUUGCAUUUAGAUCACAUGAGAGCAAAGACUAAAUAUGUCAAAACUGUGGAGAAGUGGGCUUCAGAUUUAAGGCUGACAGGAAGACUGAUGUUCAUGGGAGUACCUGAUUCUUCAGAAAACCUCCAAAGUAGAUGUGGACUCAAGUGGAAGGAAAUGCAAAGAAAAAAUGAUUAGUGUACUAUUUGAAACAAAAGUACAGACGGAACACAAAAGGUAUAAUUUAGUACUAUUGCAGAUAGAAAAGCAACUGAAUCGGUAAUUAUACUCUGACAAAUCUAGGCAUAUUCAUGAGUUUCUCUCGUAUAAUGCAGGUUUUUGGCAUUUGAAGUCAAAGAGUAUUCAUCGUUGGAUGAAUUACAAAAGGAAUUUGAAACUGCAGGACUUAAGAAGCUUUUCUCCGAAUUUGUACUUGGGCUGGUAAAAUGAAAUGGAAGACAGGAAUCUUUUAGUAAAAUAGCAGUGUUGUUGUUUUUAUAUUGGAUUUUGGGAGUGGCUAAUUGAAAUAGUCACAGGGAGCAAUUUUAAAGUUUCUCUGAAGCAAAAUGAUAGACAUCAUCUUAACUUUAGGAACAAAGCUAGUUCUGGUUUAUAAAGUAGUAAACAUUAAAAAACCUCAUGUAUUCUAAUGUUUGCCAGGAAAGACUAGGUUCAAUAGAUGAAACAUUAUUUAAAGGAUAAAUUUUAAAAAGGUGAUGGUAAAUUGGCUCUUGUUUUUAUAGAGAGAAUUUGUUUGGAACUAUGCAAUUUUCUGGCUAAUGUUCUUGUAAAUAAAUGAUUUUUUAAAAAGA